GCGCGGGAGCGGUCACGUGACGGCGUUGGCUGGGCCUCUUCACUAGCGGCCCAAUAUGGCAGCGGCGACGACGACGACGACGACGACGACGGUGGUAGCGGCGGCCCCAGCGGGUGGAGCGGCGGCCCCAGCGGGUGGAGCGGCGGCCCCCUAGACCUCGACGCGCGUCUCUUCCUUCCCGCGCCUCGCUGCUCCCCUCUCUCGGUGCCGCCGGCGCCGCCGCCGCCUCCCGGCUGCCCUCCCGGCUGCGUCGUCCUCUCCUCCCCGGCGGGACCGGCCCCCGGAGCCCGCACGCAGGACCCUCCCCGCCGGCCCCGCCCGCGACAUGAGGGAGAAGGGCCGCAGGAAGAAGGGCAGGACCUGGGCGGAGGCCGCCAAGACGGUCCUAGAAAAAUACCCCAACACCCCGAUGAGCCAUAAAGAAAUUCUUCAAGUUAUCCAGAGAGAAGGGCUGAAAGAGAUCAGAAGUGGGACAUCUCCUCUUGCAUGCCUGAAUGCAAUGCUGCACACAAAUUCCAGAGGAGAAGAGGGCAUUUUCUAUAAGGUUCCAGGUAGAAUGGGAGUGUAUACAUUGAAGAAAGACGUUCCAGAUGGGUUGAAAGAGCUGUCGGCAGGUUCCGAAGAAAGCAGUGAUGGGCAGUCGGACACCCAGAGCUCUGAGAACAGCACCAGCAGCAGCAGUGACGGUGGGAGCAACAAAGAGGGGAAAAAGAGCAGGUGGAAAAAGAAAGGUAAAUUCAUCCAAUUAUCUGACAAAGUACCAAAUGCCUUGGGACACUUGUUUCAGGAGGUGGGGUCUCCCCAGAUGGAAGCUGAGUUUGGGACUGGACUGUCGUCUCUCUCCUGGUGAGCCGACUGCAUUACUCAGUCGUAUUGUUGGUGAUCUUAUUCUGCCAUUUGAUGUUGAAUAGGAUUCAGAGAUGACAGGGAUGAAAAUACGCUAGAAAUCGGAUAUGUCUAGCAGUUCCUGGUCUCUUAGGCAUAAAGACAGGAACUGACAAGACAUCAAACUCCAUUCCAAGUUGCUCUGUCUCCACCUCUAUCCUGUAAGCUUGU